CCAAGGUUCUUGCACUGGAUGAAUAGAACUAUUGGAGACAACAUUGUGAAACUUGUGUUUGAAAUGGGUUUGGUUCAUGUUGUAGAUGAAAUUGGUGGUGUAAGGAAGGAUGACAAAGAUGUCAUAGAAGAAGAAGCAGCACCAAAAAACUAUGCAGAGCAAAGAAAAAAGAAAUUGCUAAAAAAACAAUGCAGGGAGAGUUUAAUGCGCACUGCAGAGGAUCAUAAGUGUUUAAUUGAAAAACUUAAAAGGGAGGUGAAUGACUUAGAGCAAGAGUUGGAGAAAGAGAAGGCCAAAAGAAGAAGUAAAAAGUCAACUUCAGAUGACGGUUUUCAGAGUGCUGGAUGUCCAGAAGCAGCAACUGACGAUGCAUUCGUUUCACCUGUUCGUUUUUCGGCCGAGGAAGCGGGUGGAAUGAGUAAUGACGGUUUUCAGAGUGCUGGAUGUCCACAAGCAACAACUGAUGUUGCAUUCGUUUCACCUGUUCGUUUGUCGGCCGAGGAAGGGGGUGGAAUGAGUAACAAUGAAGAAGGUCCAUUGUCGCCAGAUGCACCAGGUGGAAUGGCUGAGAAGCAAUCACAGCUCAGGACUUAUGUUAGGAUUGGUUCAAGAAGAAGAGUUAAGAGCAAAGCACUUAGGACACCUUACACAGGAAAUGUAUGAGUUAGAAAGACAAAGGAUUAACUAUUGUGUUAAGCUGGAACAAAAGUAUUUUGUAUUUAAA